GAGGAGAUGUGGUGGAGAAUGAGGGCAGCUUGACUCAUCUGCAGGAGUCUUUCCUCCACAGGAUGAUCCCCAAGGAACAGAAGGGACCAGAUAUGGCUGCUGUGGGGGACUUUGCUGGACAAGUCCCCCUGUUGAACCUGGGCAAGAAGCUGAGUGUGCCGCAGGACUUGAUGUUGGAAGAGCUCUCUCUGCGCAACAGCAACAACCCUGGAUCCCUCCUCUUCCAGAAGAGGCAGCGGCGUGUGCAGAAAUUCACCUUUGAGUUUGCAUCCAGCCAACAGGCGAUCGUGUCCGGGAGUGGUAACGGGAGCGCCCUGGGGAUGGUGGUGACCGGCAGCGAGCAGGUGGGGACGGUGAGUGCUGCAAAUGGACCUGAGGGGCUGAACUGCAGCUCAGAGCUCCAAGUCCACCCGGCCUCCCCUGGAGGCCCUGAGCUUGACCCGUCUGCAGCAGGGCAUGUGGAGAGUGGCCCCAGUGCCAGCGCUCUGGCGCCAGGCUAUGCAGAACCCCUGAAGAGUGUUCCGCCGGAGAAGUUCAACCACACGGCCAUCCCCAAGGGCUACCGCUGCCCGUGGCAGGAAUCUGGCAGCACCUGGGUCCACCAGAGCCUUGGCCGAAGUCACACACCCCGCCUGGUGGAGUAUCGAAAUUUCAACAAGACACCAGUGCCCUUUGGAGGAUCUCUGGUGGGAGAGACCAUCCCCAGGACAGGGACCCUCUUCUUGCCGGAGUUCACCAGUGGCUUGGAACUCCUCCGCCUCAGACCCAACUUCAACAGAGUGGCCCAGGGUUGGGUCCGCAACCUUCCAGAGUCUGAGGAGCUGUAG